UCUGGCUGCUCUGCUGUGCGGUCUUUUGAGUCUGGCUUCUGAGGAGAUAGCAUGCGCUGGAUAUAACCUUCUCUUUUAUGCAAUUUAUUAAUGUUUCACUACCUGGAAUAGAACUGCUUGCAGAUGAUUACACAACAAAGAAAAAGAUUCAAUUAGGCUGAACUGAGCACCAGAGCAGUUCCUUAAAUGCAUUCCAUCCACUUAAAAGCAUGUUCAGCCAGAUGAAAUGAUAUAAUGUGCCAUAGAUUCACUCUCUGAAUAACCGCUUGUUUUUCAAGCCUGUGUAUUUUCUCCAAAUCUGAUUUUUGAGCACGCCAUCUGAGGUUCUUGUGUAACUUCCAGCAUUUGGACCAAAGUUAGCCGCACAACAGCGCAACAACCGUGUUAUUGUCCGCAUGUCCAUAACCUGAAAGGCAGGACGGCCCUAAAAAUAGAGCAGCUGACAGACGCUGGCACGCGCACGAGGUCUCAUUGUAUUAGAUUACCAAACAACACACGGAAGGAAAGCAGAGGGACUCCUUCUGACCAUAUUUUGCGCCCAUGGACGCUCCGAGUAGCUGUGGGAAAAAAGGCUCUUAGUGGUCCUUCAUGCGCUUGGCUGAAGUCACCAGUGAAGUUUGGCGUAGGGGACGGAGAGAGAGGGAGGGCAGGGGGGCGGGGGUGCUUGAGAGCGAGCGCAUGGAUGAAUGCAGGAGUGGUCAGCGGGGAUGCGUAGGGACAGUCUGGAACAGCAGAAGCACUGCAGAGCACUGCUGAGGAAAACAGCCACAGGACGUUUGUGAAUGGAGGGACCUGGACCAAACGUUCGCGUCACGUAGGAGAGCAUGGAGAACUUCGGCGCUGCGCGUUUUACGCGUCGUGCGCGUGCGAGGAAGACGUUUUUCAUAACGAGCUUAGGCGUUAGAACACGUGGUAACAGCCUAAUACUGCACGUGAAAUAGCCGAAAUACGUCCCAAAGAGGUGUGAGGGGGCAGAAAGCACACGAACUUACUCUGGUAUGGAGAAGGUUUGUCAAGAUGAACUCUGAUAUCAAUGACUUGUGGAAUAACGGCUCGUGGGAGCUGUACUUGCCAUCGCACGCGCCGCCAAACAUCUCCAACUGGACGGCAGGAAACGGGUCAGCCAGUGCCCCGUUCAGCCUGGCCAGGGCAGUGCCUCUGGCCAUGGUCCUGGGCGCUUUUAUCGUGUUUGCAAUUGUGGGGAACAUCCUGGUCAUCCUAUCCGUGGUGUGCAACAGGCACUUGCGCAUUCCGACCAAUUACUUCAUCAUAAACCUGGCUAUGGCUGACCUGCUGCUGGGCACCACCGUGCUGCCCGUGUCCGCCACCCUCGAAGUCCUCAACUACUGGGUGUUCGGCAGGAUUUUCUGCGACAUCUGGGCUGCAGUGGACGUCCUGUGCUGCACGGCGUCCAUCAUGAGCCUGUGCGUGAUCUCCAUAGACCGUUACAUCGGCGUGCGCUACCCCCUGCAGUACCCCAGCAUCGUGACGGAGAAGCGCGCGCUCCUCGCCAUGCUGGGCGUCUGGGUCCUGGCCAUCGUCAUCUCCAUCGGGCCCUUACUCGGAUGGAAAGAGCCGCCGUCUGAUGACGACACCAUCUGCCCGAUAACAGAGGAGCCUUUUUACGCGCUCUUCUCCUCUCUGGGCUCCUUCUACAUUCCCUUAGCGGUCAUCCUGGCCAUGUACUGCCGCGUCUAUAUCGUGGCCAAACGGACCACCAGGAAUCUCGAAGCAGGAGUGAUGAAGGAGCGCAUGGACUCGAGCGAGCUCACCCUCAGGAUCCACUGUAAAGGAGCUCAGGCGCAGGAGGAGUGCGGGGGAGCGGGGAAAGGAACCAACAGGAGCUCCCUCACCGUCAAGCUGCUGAAGUUCUCCAGAGAAAAGAAAGCAGCUAAAACUCUGGGGGUUGUGGUGGGCAUGUUCAUCCUCUGCUGGUUGCCCUUCUUCCUCGCGCUGCCCAUUGGUUCUUUCAACGCCAACCUGCGCCCUCCGGAGACGUUCUUCAAGGUGAUCUUCUGGCUAGGCUACUUCAACAGCUGCCUGAACCCGAUCAUCUACCCCUGUUACAGCCGUGAGUUCAAGCAGGCCUUCAUCCGGAUCCUGCGGUGCCAGUGCCAUCAGCGCAGACGACAGGGCUGGAGGUCAUACAACUACCGAUCACACAUGGGCCCCAGCAACCAGUCCUAUAUGGACAACAGCUCUAUUUGCAUGAAUGGCAGUCAGCAGACACUGGCCUCUGUGCAUCCCAGCCCACGCUUCUUCAGCAGAGGCAGUGGAUCUAACAGUGUGAAGGGCCAUUUACCAGGCUGGGGUCCUUGUGCCUCUUCCUCAAGCACGCUGUCUCAGAGACCAUUCACACCUCAGUUAGGCGCCAGCCCUGCGACUGCGCACCAGACUUUGAACAAAUCCAACCAGAUGUCUCUGCUUUUCCCUGGUGGGCCGCUGGCCAAAGAGGUGCUGCAUGCCAGUGGGCAGAAUGGUAAAGAAGAGUUGGAGCAAGGGCCAAAUACCAGGUCUACACCUGAAACUACCAUGUAGUUGGGUGCAGGCUGUCACAGCGGCGUUCAUGCCAAUGCUUGCUGCUUUUAUUUUGUACUGAUUUGACAAUCUUGUGGUAUCGUAGAAAUUCUUAUAGUGCAUGCUUGCAUUGUGAAUGACGUUCGGAGGCUCGAUGUAGCUACUGAUAUCAAACUGACAAAACAAAGUGGUCGUUGAGCCAAAUAUCUAAGUUUCCCUCUUACCUCAAAUGUAGCCAAUCAGCCAAGAUGUUCAGUAUGUUAACUUGGCUUCAUUACUUUUGCUCUGAUGCUACAAGGCUAUUGUAGCUUAACAAGCAAUGGAAGCUCAUACUAAACCAUUUAGCAUCAAGCUGAAUGGCUAAUUCAUUACACACUUACCUCAAAACAUACCUUGAAUAGACUUGCUUAUGAAGUUUCUGGAACUGUAUCAUAUGCUCUUACCUUAAAAAUUGGACAAGACUAUGUUACAGAGCUAACAACAGUACUAGCUUCUAUCUUAAGCAUGAUUGCCAGAUUGUUUCAAUAUUUAAGUGACUUGUACUGUACUGUACUGGCUCGUGUUGGUCUCCAGAUACUUGUGAGGUGUGGCCAUCAGCAUUGGAGACACAGGAAGAGAACUGAGUAAAGGGAGACUUCAGAAAAGGAACUGAAAUGGUCUUUAUAUUGUUUAUCAGUUAACGGUAUGUACUAUGUGUUUAUUCAGUUAUUCUGUGUCAGGGAGUGGAUGUAGUUAGUGUGGGUUGGUGUUCACCAUGAGAGCGAAGUGUAUAGCUAGUGGUGACCACCCCCGUGAGGUCGGCUGUGUAUGUGUUUUUCGCCUUGCUGUUUAAUAAAGAGCACUUAAUGCAGUGGAGUAGUGGUAUCCCAUGCAUAUUAAUCUGCGGUACAACAUUUCUGCCCACAAAAUAUCUGAAUACAGCAUUUAAAAAGUAUUGGAAGAAGUUGAAGUUCAGAAUUCUAACCAUAAUACUAAAUAAUACAGCAUUAAACUUCCAUGACUUCAGUAAUAAACUGCAGAAUAGGUUAAUCACAAAACUUCCCUGUAGAUAAGUAUUUUUUGCUACAUGGAACUGUUGGGUUUUUUUGUAUUUAUUGUCUCUGACAUGGAACAUCUAGUCUUUUAUGUCAUUUUUAGGCUCCAAUCAGAAAAGCAAAUAAUGAUAAUAUUCUAAACUGAUAAUAUUCUGAUCCUAUUUAAACUGACACUGAUUUUGAGGCUUCAAUUUGUAUGUAAUUUUUUUCAUUUUUACAGCACACAAUGUAUCACACAGUGCCAAAAACUGCAUAAACAGGUGUAUUUGAGAUUACUUAACAACCUCUUGCAGUUUGAGCCAAGUGUGUUAUGAUUAAGGCAUGCAGGCUAAAUUGGUGCUUAAUUCUUUCAGACGCUUAACAUACCUUGGCUGAUCAUCUAGGCAAGGGGGAAAUGAAAUUGUAUCAGUUGGAUUAUUGGCUGACCUUCGCUUGUGCUUUUUCUUUAUCUUGGACUACACUACUUACAUUUUGUCUGUUCUGUUUGUGCUGUGAGACUGAACAUUAUUAUGCACGGCACAAAGCCAAAAGGUUACAAUGAAGAGUGUAAUAAGACAAUGUGCAUGAACAAAGGCGGACCUCUGACCUUGCAUCCGCACUGCUCAUUACUCUCAUUACUUAGCAUAGGUGCUGAGCAGUUAGAAAGUUUUCCUCCUGAUUUAUUCUGUAUUUAUUUAUUCUCCUGUGCUGUUUUAUCUAGAUAUGCUGUGCAUUUGUGUGACAGUUUUUAUACAUACAUUUUUGGGGGGCGGGGAAAGACAUCAUCCAGAUGUCUAAUCCAUAAUACAUUUGUACCUUUAGUCAGUAGAUCUUUCUUUCGGCACUUCAUGCUCAGCCAGCAUCACUAAAGCACAUUAUGACACAUGGUCCAACGAAACGGAGACGUUCUGUAAAGGCAAACCAUUUUAUAUUUAUUCAUCCCUAUUUAUUAUAAGUUAUGUUCUUCACCUUUACUGUGGCAGUUGAUUGUAUAGAAAAGAAUAACCAGGUGUUUUUUAAAGAACAAAAGUGACCAUUAGAGAUUGAAGCUGUCCUGUAUAAAGUGAGUAUAUGUAUUGUUUUAUCAUAACUUUUUGCUCUUCCCAGUUGUACAUGCAAUGCAAGUCAUGAACUUUCCCCCUUCAGUUGUCUGGAGUAUUCGGUGAAAAUGUAAUAAAUUUGAUUGAUUGAG